AUGUACGCCGCAAAGAUUGCCACUUCUCUUGGCCUUUUCCUCGGCUUGGCCACUGCUACUGUUAACAUCGGCAAGGACUCUGCUGGCGAUACUGUCGCCUGGAUCAGCGGCCAGUCCGAAUGCCAAAAUGUCUUUGUCGGCCCAUCGGACCAGAACCCUUGUGGAACGCGCUUCACACUUAACAACGGCUUCACUUAUUUCCUCUCAGGCUGUGGUGGCGCCGGAUUGAGCUUGUUCAACAACGACAAUUCUUUCAACAGCAACUGUCAAUUUUCGCUGCAGAACCUUCAGUGCGGCGUCCAAGAGCAGUGGUCUUGCUUCUAA